CUACCAUGCCUUAUAACAGACAGAAGCUUGCAACCGUGAUGCAUGUGCUCAUGGAAUGCGCGUGCGGACCACUGCCGCAAACGAGCAGGAUCAGAAGUUGGCGGGGCCGAUGCAGCUUGUGCGCUAUUUCCUUCCUCAGAUGAGAGGGAAAAGCGCGCGAGCAUGGAUCAUAGUGCUGGCUUGCAAAGUGCAGAAUAGCUAGUUAUACAAGGAAGUGGAGAAGAUGACCGAACAAGAAGGCUGGAAGCCAGGUACGAAAUUCCAAAUGUUUCCGCAGCGCAUUCACCAGUGUUGUUGGAAGCAUGGAUGCUUGAUGUGGACGGAGUGUAGAAAUAUAUUUUGCUAUGUUGUUAAUGCACAUGAGGUGUUCGGUGAAAUGUUCGUGAGGCAAUAGCUUGCUAAUCUGGCCCGGUGGGUGCACUAGUUCCUUCACCUCGAAUGUGUUGCAGGCAUUGGAGUCACGGUGCUGGAACUGUUCCUGUGCUGCGCCACGAGAAUGCUUAGCAACGGAUGCUGCUCCUGUGAUGAUUGUCACUAGGCAAUAUGAGUUCUACGCUUCUUGUUAUACACAUGUCGUGUUUUUUGAGUGCUGCCUAUUUUUAACAACAACAAAUGGUAUAUCUUUUUUUUCUCCCUAAGAACAUUCAGGGACCUCAAGCCUUGCUAUGUUAUUUAUAGGGUCAAGACCUGAGACAAACCACCGUCGUGUUUUUGCCACCUGCCCUUAUUGCGUGGUCAUUAGCCAUUUACCGGUUAUGCUUGGUGUUUCCUAAAUCUAAUCCCAUUUGCCCUGCAAAUUUUGCUGUUUCUUUUCAGACUUCUUCCUCACAGAGCUCUCCUCAAGAGGUUCUAUUGGAUGAAUGGUGCAAGAACAUUGAAGGGCGUCAAAGCACUCAUAAAGAACACAGCCGCUGAAGAGAUCCAAAUAAGUAACAGAAGCAGCAAGGCAUAUCAGAGGAAACAAUAGGAAAAAGGGCAGACGAAAGAGAACUGUCGCACAGUUCUCAAUCAGGAAAAUGGGGCUGUCAAUCUCAUACCCACCAGAUGACUACCUGCCAGAGGAUGAUGAGGAUAUGGACAGGCUCUUUGUCCGGUCUCUAAGCUUUGACAAUCUCAGCACACUAGAGACCCUUGAGUCGCCACCGGCAUUGCUCGAUGCCCUGACCUCCAAGAGGCUCAUUGUAAGAGGCUUAAGCUUCGAAAAAAGGGAGGGUGGUCCACUUAAAAUUCAAACUACGCUAUCCACGGUGAGUCCUAAACCUGACAAGGAGAGUUGCAAUCACAAGCUUACCAGCCAGCCAAGAUAUGGGCCCACGGAAAACCUGCCACCAAAUUCUCCGGUGAUUGGGAUGGUCGGCCCGAAGCAUCAGGCUGCAGCAAUUAGGGUGCAGAAGGUGUACAAGAGUUUCAGGACAAGGCGGCAGCUUGCUGAUUGUGCUGUUCUUGUUGAACAACGCUGGUGGAAACUACUUGAUUUUGCGUUGCUCAAGCGCAGUUCAGUGUCAUUCUUUGAGGUAGAGAAGCCGGAGUCGGCCCUCUCAAGAUGGUCCCGUGCUAGAAUGAGGGCUGCCAAGGUAGGGAAAGGUCUUUCCAAGGAUGAAAAGGCUCAGAAGCUCGCACUGCAACACUGGCUCGAAGCAAUUGACCCUCGACAUCGGUAUGGUCACAACCUCCACUACUAUUACCAACACUGGCUACACUGUGAGAGCAAACAGCCUUUCUUCUACUGGUUGGAUGUAGGAGAAGGAAAGGAGGUCAAUAUUGAGGACCACUGCCCAAGAUGGAAGCUGCUGCAGCAAUGCAUCAGGUAUCUUGGCCCAAAAGAAAGGGAGUUCUAUGAGGUCAUGGUUGAGGACGGAAAGAUGAUGUACAAGCUGAGCCGCAAGAUCAUCGACACAUCUGAGGGCCCCAGAGAUUCAAAAUGGAUCUUCGUGUUGAGCACAACGAGGGUUCUAUACAUCGGCACGAAGAACAAGGGCACGUUUCAGCACUCCAGCUUCCUUGCUGGUGGAGCCACAUCUGCUGCCGGCAGACUGAUUGUAGAGAAUGGAAUUCUAAAGGCUGUGUGGCCACAUAGCGGGCACUAUCGUCCCACAGAGGUGAACUUCCGGGAGUUCAUGAACUAUCUGAAGAAGAGGAACGUGGAUCUUACAAAUGUCAAGUUGAGCCCAUCGGAAGGUGAGGAGGAUGAAUGGCUCAGGCUCAGGAGAGGCCUCUCCCAAUUUGACCUAACCGAGAGCAGCAACCCCAAGAAGCAAGAAAACACCAAGUCCCAACCCCCACGCGCUGAUGAAGACAAGGGCGCGGCCACCGCCACUCCGGCCACGCCGCCUUCCACAAGCAACGAUACAACAACCACCGCACCAGCAGCAAUAGGCACGCCAGUGAUGAAGCGAUCCUCGUCAGGCAACCGGCUGCAGCGCAAGCGGCCGCCGAGGCUGACGGUGAACAAGAGCCGGAUGGGCAGGGGGACGGCGGAGCAAGGAGCGGGCGCGUUCGGGGAUUGCCUGGACUUCUGCAAGGAGAACCUGUUCAAGGGCGGCGAGGGUGGCGAGGAGGAGGUGGUGGUGCCGCAGGAGAAGAUCCUGCACCGCAUCAACUCCAAGAUGGCCUUGCACUCGUACCAGCUCGGGAACCAGCUCUCAUUCCGGUGGACCACCGGUGUUGGGCCGAGGAUCGGGUGCGUCCGGGACUACCCGCCGGAGCUGCAGUUCCGGUCACUGGAGCAGGUGAGCCUGUCACCGCGGGGCGGCACCGGGCCAGCCAGGUUCGGGACGCCCCGGCAGAGCCCAUGCGCGCCACUCGUGUCCCCGACGCCGGGUGGUCUCGACUCGCCGCUGUACGCCGCGAUGGGGACACCUACGUCGCGGCUGCAGCACGGUGCAGCGUAGAGCACUGAGCACGUACGUGGUGGCGCGCCAUAGUUAGUUCAUGGCUAGCCAGUUUCCCUGUGUCCCUGUGUCGUGACCACCUGUGACCGUGACCUCCUGCGAAGAAGGCGCGCGGCGGCAGGGCAGUGACGGUGAACACUAUUGCAAGUUUCUCUGUGUUUAUUUCAUCCAUUUGCUUUCUUUCGGUAGACUAUCUAGAUACCUGCUUUGUACUUUGGUUGGGAUUUCGUUUUUUGUCAGGUGAAUUUUGCGAAAAUCGAGUAUAACUAGAAAACCGGCAUGCCCGUUGACGCGCUAUGCGAGUAACUAACGGAGAUGGUCAGAGCUAUACACAAAUUCUUGUAGAGCAUCGGUAAAGUACAAAAGAUCGUAUAAUAUUUUCAGUUUGUUAAAUAUAUUUCAAAUUUCUUUCUA